AUGGGACUAAAGUCCAAUUUUGAUCUCGCUGUCGAAAAGGAAUUGGUGGAGAAGCUGAAGGAUGAAGUGAAAGGAGAGCUAAAGAAGGCAUCAAACGACGUCGUAGGGCUACUGAAAUUGGUGGAUGCAAUACAAAGAUUGGGCAUUGAGUAUCACUUUGAAGAGGAGAUCGAUCAAGCUCUGCAAAAUUUGUCCCAAAUCUUUGAAGAGUUUUGCAAAGACAGAGAUGAUUUAUACACCAAUGCUCUUGGUUUUCGCCUUUUGAGACAACAUGGAUACAAAAUAUCAUGUAGUAAGUUUGAGAAAUUUAAGGAUGUCUUAAAAGUCAAUUCCAAAUCUCUCAACACAGCGGAGGGUAUUUCGGGAAUCCUUGAAUUUUUCGAGGCCACGCAUCUGAGAGUCAACGGCGAAGACAUUCUUGAUGACGGCUACGUUUCUAGUCGGAAGCUUCUAGAAUCUUCUCUGCCACUUCUGACCAAUCCCAUUGCUGAACAAAUGGACCACGCGCUGCACCAAUACUCGAAACGCAGGGGACUGCCACGUGUCGAGGCGAGGCACUACAUCUCCAUCUACGCCCAAUUUGACUCUCAUCAUCCUAAAUUGCUCGAGCUAGCAAAGUUGGAUUUCAACAUGCUGCAGGAUAUGCACAAAGAGGAGCUAUGUGAGCUUUAUAGGUGGUGGAAAGAUUUCGAGGCUCCGACAAAGUUAUUUUAUGCAAGAGAUCGAAUGGUGGAGGGUUACUUUUGGAUAUUGGGAGUCUAUUUCGAACCAAAAUAUGCUAAAGCUAGGCACAUUACAACCAAAUUGCUUACAUUUGCAUCGCUCUUUGAUGAUACCUUCGACGCGUAUGCUACUUUUGAAGAAUUGGAGCUCUUCAUGGUAGCAAUUGAGAGGUGGAGCAUGUCAUGCUUGGACAAAAUUCCGGAAUAUAUGAGAGGUUUUUACAAGGCGCUGUUGGAAGUAUUUGAAGAAAUUGAGGAAUAUAUGACCAAAGAGGGAACUUUGUAUCGCCUUGGCUAUGGAAUUGAAGCAAUGAAAGACGUAGCUCGAAACUAUUUUACUGAGAUUAAAUGGAGGGAAGAAAAGUACAAACCGAAGAGCGAGGAGUACAUGCAGGUUGCAACAGCUAGCUCUGGCUAUACUUCACUUAUAAUUUGCUCAUUUCUUGGAAUGGGAGAUUGUGUGACAAAAGAAGCAUUCGAUUUUGUUCUAUCUGAGCCAGAUGUUGUGAAAUCUGCCUUGAAUAUUUGCAGGCUGACUGAUGAUAUUGUGGGACAUGAGUUUGAGAGAGACAGAGAGCACAUACCUUCUAUGGUAGAGUGCUACACAAAGGAGCAUAACAAAUCAAAAGAAGAAGCUGUUAAGGAAUUACUAAACCGGGUUGAGACAGCGUGGAAGCUCAUAAACGAAGCAUUUCUCAAACCAACUAAAAUCCUGACCCCUCUACUUUCCCGUAUUCUCAAUUUCGCCCGUGUUAUUGAGGUUAUGUACAGCAAGGGCGAUUGGUACACAAAUGUAGGUCCUGAAAUGCAGAAGAUCAUCACUCAAGUUCUCAUUGACCCUGUCCCGUGAGAUCGGAUCGGAUAGGAUCCUCUUAUCAUGGUGACUCAAUUUGUAUUAAGUUAAAUAAAUUAUAUAAAUCUUUAUACUACUAAAUAAUUGCCAUAUUUAAGUUCGACCAUU